AUGGAGCUUACUCCGGCUACUAUGGAAAAGUUGGUUGAAUUAUUAAAAGAACCUGAACCUGACGUGUUGCAAGGGGAGGACGUGACUUUUUCAGGCUAUGAAAUAACUUCGAAUAGAGACAAAGAACCAUCUGUUACUACAAAUAUUACAAAAGCUCCAAGAACUAUAGAGGAAUACGAAGAACAAGAGGCCAUAGAAAUUGAAAAAUUAGGUGGCGUUGGAUCCGGUGAUAGAAAGACGCCUGAAUAUAGUAUGAAUUAUCAGCAGUCAGUGACUGCAGAGGAUGUUUUCUUACAGAUUGGACCAAAAACACCAAGUUCAGCAAGCUGUGAGAAUCUAAUUGUAAAGAUUAAGAUGCUGGGGGAUAAGAAGGAAAAUAUAGAGCUGUCUGUAGACACAAAAAGUGUUACAGUCAGCUCAUCACAGUAUUUUUUAUAUCUACACCUUCCUCAUGAAAUUAACCCUGAUACAUCUAAAGCCAUUUGGGAUAGCGCCGAAGAAUCUUUGGUUCUUACUCUAAAGCUUGACAGAGAAUUUGAUUUUGUUAAUUUUUAA